GCCGCCAGGCAUUUGAACGAAGCAAAGUCAGUCGACGACCACCCGCAACCCCCACCGGUCGCCUUCCGCCUCUCCCCCUCUGGUUCGAGUCAGGUCACCCUACCACAUCAACCUUCCACUCCGUUUUCUCAGUCUCCUGCACGAGCACACACCGUCGCAUGCAUAUCCUCGCUUAAUCUCGCAUAACAUUCCCCACUCGCUCACUUCUCGUCUUGUACGACGCCCCCGCAUCGCCUCUCGUAUCCCGGAGAUCAGAGCAUCCGUACUCCGCUUUCCGUUUUUCCUACUACCUCUUGUGCAUCUUCCGAGUGUGUGCCUUCGUUCUCGACCUUCAUAGCUCCCAAAGCCCGCCAUGUUGCAGUACUCGGUCCAGCUCCCGCCGCUCUCGCUCUCAUCCUCCAAACCAAAGGCUCGCAAGGCCAUGCCCGUCUCCGCACCCCAGCCGCCAUCGACCGAUGUAUCGCAUGACUCGAACCCCGCAGCGGUCAAGCGCACUGGCACUGCACGCACACGCCCUUCGCUCAGCUCGGGCCCGGCCUACGGUCACUCCAUCCCUCUGGCUAUCUCCACGGCCUUCCCUCCGCCUCCACUGACGUCCUCGCAUGCCGGCGGCCGGUCAUCAUCCGCGACCCCAUCGCCAUCAGUGCCGUCUUCGUCCCUGUCAUCGCCCUCGCUUCCGCCCACGCCCAGCCUGGGCUCUGCCUUUCCGUUCUCUCAGCAGGUCUACAGCGCCCCGUCUCCCCGGCUGGCGCCGGCGCAGCUGUCCAAGGUGUCGACGCGGUCGCCGCUCGUCCAGAGCACUGCGCUUCCGUCCGCGCCUGUCCCUAUGCCCGGUGCUCGCCCUCCGCGGUCGCCGAAAGCUGCGCCCCUGCCGUACUCCGGACUGUCGUCUCCGGCGCUGCCGUCACCCAAGCUGCCACAGUCGACGUUCAGUGCGACGAACUCGUACUACGGACGGACAGCGUCGGCGGCGUCGAGCACCGGGUCGUCCUUCUCGUCCUGUGCGAUAGACGUUUUGGCGCCGGGCGACAUUCUCGGCGAUGGGCUCGAGCUGCAGGGCGAGAUGGUCAGGAGGGUGCCGAUCGGCGAGAGCAAGGAAGAGGAGGAGCCUGCGAAUGUGUUCAGGGUCGUGCGUAAGCUGGGGGCGGGGAGCUAUGCGGUUGUGUAUCUUGUGCAGGAGGUGUUGGGGAUGGGAGAUUGUGAGGAAGACGACAGGGAUUGCGAAAGCGACGGUGCGGACCUCGAUAUGAGUGUGGAUGGCCAUGACCGAGAUGUAGCUUGUGUUCGAAAGGAAGUGAAAAGUCGCAAGAAUGGUAGGGAGUACGCUGUCAAGCUAUUGAGCAAGGCAAAUCUUGAUGAGGAGGCAUUGAGUGCUCAGAUGUUAGAGGCUACGAUCCACCAGUCUCUUCCACCGCAUCCGAAUAUCGUUACUCUGCAUCGCACGCUCGAGACGCCGUCGUACCUCCUGUUACUUCUCGAGUUCGUUCCGGGCGAGGAUUUGUUCUACUUCCUCGAGCAAGCGCGAGACCACUACGACCCGUCGUUCCCGGGCUCUCCGGCUGAGACGCUUUCGCCUUCAACGCCUAUCAGUGCGCUGCCGUCGACUUCGCUAUCGGGAUCCGACUGUUCGAUGUCGUCGGAGUCGACCGCUCGCACGCCGCCGACGCCAUCACUGUUGGCAACGAUGUCUCCGACCAAGCUCCUCUCGCGGACGCGGCUAAAGCUUAUCGCGAGCAUGUUCAAGCAGAUGUGCGACGCCGUGGCGGCGUGCCAUGAGCGCGGCAUCUUCCAUCGAGACAUCAAGCCCGAGAACUUCAUUGUCACGGAUGGCGUUCUCGAGGUCCGUACCUCGGGACCUGGUGGGAAGGAGGAGGUUAGGAAGGAGCGGAGGGUUGUUGUGAAGCUGACGGACUUCGGCCUGAGCACCACAGACAUGCAUUCUGCAGAUAUGGACUGUGGGAGCGCCCCUUACAUGAGUUAUGAAUGCCGGAAUAAUAUACACCCUAAUUAUAUGCCCCGUGCGGCCGACGUCUGGUCACUCGGUAUAGUUCUCAUUAACAUGUUGUACCACUACAACCCGUGGACGGACACUACGGACGGUGUCUGCCCUUCGUUCAGCCUCUUCCAGCAGAGCCCUGUGUCGUUCUUCACCACUCGAUUCACUGGCAUGACCCAACCCGUCGCGGAGUUCCUUGCUACGAAGGUCUUCUGCAUCCUGUUGGACCACAGAGACGACUCUCCUCGCGCUAGUGCCAGGGAUUUUGGUCAGUGGAUCCAGAGCUUGCCCGAUUUGCUUGCGCCCCCUCUCCGUCCUGGGAGCGGUCAUAAUCACAGCCGGUCGCCGAGUUUCUCGGUCAACCUUGCAGAGGUGCCCGGACACCGACUUGCGUCGAUCCCGCAUUCGCGUCGCCCAAGCCUUCGAUCUGCAGCUGGCUCAAGGACACCGAGCGUGCUCUCACCUGUGCAUCGUGCAAGCUUGGUGGCAGCGGCCAUCAGUCGGCAACCCAGCCUCCAAGCUUUCCAAGAGUCCGAGCACGAGCACAACGGUGCGACUAAGAAUGUCGGCGUUGGUCUAGGUAUGCUUCCACCUUUGCCCGAUCACGAGGUCGAGGAAGAUGCGAACGAGCAAGAGGACCAACACGAAGAGUCGAAUUCCCGUAGCGCGUCAACUCAGAAGAGGCGCAAGCGUGGUGCUCGCAAGGGCAAGAAGGAUACAGCUAUGACUGGGCAGACUACCCCCGCACAGUCCGCUGAUGACACCCUCACGACGCUUGCCAGUGCCAGCCAGGCGUUGGCUCGAGAGAUCAGUAAGACCUCCAAGCGUGUGAGCGGCUCCGGCAUCUCCUCCCCACUGGGUACCAGUACAACGCACGUCUCUACCGAGGUUCAACCGCAACCAGUACCGGCGCCCUCUCCGGCACCGACUCCCACGAUUGUCAAGAAGCCAUCAAAGUGGAAGCUCGGCUUUGGCAAGAGUUCGAGCAGCAGCGGAUCGAGCGCGUCUACUCCUGCCAACCCUAAGGAGGAGCCGGACCCGAAGAUGUCCACCACAGCGAGCAAAGCUACGAGCCUCAUCAUGGGCCUGAACGCGCCGUCGUCAUCUUCGCGAUCAAAGGCAGAUGCACAUCAGGCUGCUGCGUCCGCGUCGUCCGCAUCAAUCGCCUCGCAUGCCACUUCCCGAUAUGCCCCUGUCUCAGCGAAUACGAGUGUCGUUUCGCUAGACGAUCCCACCUGGCACCGUGACCGCCGCUACCGAGGCGUUACAGAUGUUGCAGGUGAGAGGGACAUCGGCAUGUGGGGGGCAUCGACCCAACGCGGCCCGUCACCUGCCUCCGCGAGUCAGCUUUCUUUCGUCUCCGCUUCUACCGCGUCGACCAAUUGGCGAAGCUCAAUCUCCAGCAGCGGCAGCGCAGCGACAUCCACAUCGGCUUUUACCCGCUACAGCAACGGCAGCGUCAGGAGCGUCUCAACGGCCGCAACAUCCGUGUCGAACACCAGCUGGCGUAGUGCCGGUGGUGCCAGCAAUGCUUCCAGUCGCAGGGAUCCUCGGUUGCCGCCGAACGUCAAGAUGGUUACAGGCGAGCCUUGGGAAUUGUCUGAGCUUCCGCGGCAGAUGUAUCCUGACCCGGAGAAAGUGCAAUUUAGCGCCCCUCCCACACGCAAGCGUGCCCAGAAGCCCAAGAACUCGAAUCUCGACACCAUCUCCGAGCGACCUGGUCCGUACUCGACCCCGCAGCUCCCACAGCACCCACCCGCGACCCAGCCGCCCGUGCGUACGGACGCGUCGACUAGCACGACCGACCUUAGUCACACCGCUGGUUCUGGCGACGCUGACACCCAGGAGUCGCACGGCAGUGCUUCAUCUCCACGGAAGGUGCAAAAGGGCCAGAUUAACGCGCUCGCGAAGAUGUUGUCCGCACUUCGGCGGUAGGCACGCUCCCUUCUCAGGUCCAGGCUCGUAGCUGUCUGGCGCACGCGGCUCGAGAGUAGUGAGUCCUAGCACGGCUUGCAUACCUACUUGGUGCUCGAUUCCGGUAUUCCCUGUCAAUAUCGUUCAUUUUUCCGUAAUCUGCUCUAUGGCGAAUCCCCCCAACUCGAUGCCCUACUCGCACCGUCACCCUCCCGCUUCCUUCCAAAUCGUGGUCUAUUGGUCGUCGUUGUCCGCAUGUGCUGAGCCAAUUGUGUUGUCGUACACUCCUCGUCUUAACUUACUUGCUUUCUGGAUCCCACGGACUGCCAGCUUUUUCACACAUACAACAUCUUCAGCCCCACCAUAUCGCAAGCUUUUCCUGUCGCAUACACAAUUACUGUUCUCUUUCUCACAGUUGGUACUGGUACUGAUCGUCAACCCACCGCACCGGCCCUCUCACAUAUUGUAGAUGGGCCUGCCCGCCAAUCCUUUCUUGUUUUUCUAUUUUUCUUUCUUUCCCCGUGCUCUCUUCCCACCUUUGUAUCACCACACCUCGCAAUUGUGACCAAUUGACCUCCGUUGUUAC